AUGGAUUCGCCUGUAGAAUCUUAUAAAAGUGGAAAUUAUGAACAAGCACAACAACUCUUGAACUCCUAGCCAAACAAACUUAUCGAGUGCAAGACUCUCAUCAAAUUGCACUAGCUGAAGAGUCCAAUACCACUGGGAUCAUGCAUUUCCAAGACCUCCUCCGAUUUACUCACGAAGGCUCAAACACUCUCUAAUGAACUCCAAGGUUAAGACAAAGAUGUGAUAGAAACCAUUCUAAAUUACUUCUAGGAUAAAGAGGUCAAAUUAGGAGGUUCAGAUGAACAGAAGUUCUAUUUUGGGCUCAGACAAUUGGAGCUCUAAGAAUACGAGGAGGCACUCAAAAUCUUCAAUUCUCUGGGUGACCUUGAGAACAAAGACGACCAGAAACACAAACACCUGGUCUUGGCUGAGUGUUACAUCAGCCUGAACCAAUACUAAAAAGCCACUAAGAUUUUAGAACAUGUAGGUGAAAAUAGUUAUUGCUAUGCUUUGUUGUCAAACUGUUAUUUCAAAUUGAAUUAAUAACAAUAAGGACAGCAAUGGAUGAAAGAAGCAUUGAAAAUUAAUUAAGGUUGCUAUUAUGCAUUAAACAACCAAGCAAAAAAUGAUAAUAUUGAUCAAUAAAUUAAAGUUAUCACCCAAUUCAUAGAGAAAGACCCCACUAAUUCUAGAUUGAUUAGAGAACAUAUCAAUGCAUUAAUCACAAAAGGAAGUGCUUAAGUUAUCAAGUCAAUGGGGGAAUAUGCAUGUAGGCCUAGAGGAGAAUUUAUGAAUAAGUUAUAAGAACAUGUACAAAAACUUCCCAAAUGCAAUUCAACUCUUUAUCUCUAAGCAUUAAUCCAUUACUUCAAUUAUAAGAAUGCUGAAGCACUUGUGGUAUUCGAAUAAUGUAUUCAAAAUAACUACAGGAUCUUUGAUUCCAAAUUUUACAUCGCUUUAAUUCAUAAGGAUCAAUUCAAAUACAAAGAAGCUGUCUUACAAUUCAAGAAGCUAAGUUAAGAAGUCACAGGACAAUUGAAAGAUGAUUGUCACUUUUGGAGAGUAGUAAUGUACAUCGAAUUAAAUGAAUUGGAUUAGGCCUUAAAGGAACUAGAGUACGUUAAACCAAAUCCUCAGAACUAUACUUUAAUCAGUAGACUCUACUUUCUAAAAGGAAAUAAGACUUAAGCAGAUACAUGGUUAAAAGAAGCACUAAAAUUAGAUACCAAUUGUCUUUACGCCAAAGUUGAGAAGGGUACUUAGGAUGCAAAAUAUGAUUGUAUCUUAUUGUUGGAACAACUUAUCAAAAGUGAUCCAUAUAACAUGUGUGCUAAAUAGGCACUAGUAAAGCACUUGAUCAUUCAUUCUGAGAAUUCCAUCGCUUAUGCCUGGGGAGAAUAUUCAUGUAAACCUAAGGGAAAGGAAAUUCAAAGAGCAGUUGAGUUAAUCCAAUAAAUUAAAUAGGUAAGAGAUUGUGUUUAAUUGGAAUAUUUCGAUGCUAUUUGUAAAUACUAUUUGAAUGACUUGAAACAAUCAGAACAAUUAUUUAAUUAUUGUAUAGAAUAGAAUCAUCAAUCCUGGACUUGCAAGUAUUUCAUGAGUUUAAUCAAAAAAGAUCAGAUGAAAUAUAAAGAAUGUCUUGAACUCUCUCUAUAAGUUUUGAAUCACGUUGAUCAAUUCAAAUAGCAAUGUCAUGCCAACAGAGCUUGGAUAUUCAUUCAACAAAGUUAGCCAGAUAAAGCCAUUAAGGAAUUGGAGAAGAGCACUCAUGGAUGUUAAUAUUAUGUAUUAUUGGGAUAAGCAUACAUCAUGAAAGGAAAUAGUGUUUAAGCAAACACAUGGUUUAAUGAAUCAUUGAAGGUCAAUCCUAAUUGCCUCUAUGCCAAGAUUAAUAAGGCUAUUCUGGAGUAAAGGUAAGAUGAGAUCCUUAAAUUAUUAGAAGGAGCAUAAAAAUCAGAUCCAGAUAAUUACUUCAUUACUUGGUAUCGAGGAAAAGUCUUGUUCAGAUUAAAUAAAUUCGAUUAAGCAAUCUAAUUGUUUGAAUAAUCAAUCAACAGUAGAUAUGUAAUGGCUUAUGCUUCCAAAGCUAAAGUUCUCAGAGUCUAACAGAAGUUUGAAGAAGCACUAAAGACCAUUGAAUAGGGUUUGACCAUUGAUGAGCAAUUGCCUCCCUUAUUUAUUGUCAAAGCCAGCAUUUUGUAUGAUCAAAAAAAGUAUGAAGAAUCAAUCUAGACAUGCAAUUUGAUUAAUGAUGAUUAGAAUGUCCAUGCUCUGAGAUUAAAAGCCUUAUGUUUGAGAAAAUUGGAUAGAAAGGAGGAAGCAUUGAAACUGUAUGAUUAAAUACUAGAGAUUGACAAAUUUAGUAUUUAAUCGUUUAUAGGAAAGGCUCAAAUUAUUAAAGAAACUGGAGAUGUUUAUGAUUUGAUUUAAUAAUUGAGUGAUAUUGUUAUGCAUAAAAAAAUGUACAAAGCAACAAUAAAUCCAAUAGUUGUGCGUAAUUGUCAGGAUUUAAUAAGAUUGAAUCAAGAAUUUGAAAUUAAAGGAGGAGUGAUCUAGAAGGUUAUUGUUCAUGGAUAAAAUUUGGAUAAAUAGAAAUAGGAAUUUGAAUAGUUGACCAAACAGAAAGAUGAAUUAUGUGAUGAAAAGAUAGAUUGUAUCAUGAAUCCAAUUUGUCAUGUCAAAGUGGACUCUACUGAAGAAAUACUGAAGAAACUGAACAUCUUGUAUAAGUAAAUGUCAGAAAUGUAAUAAAAAUAAUAAACAUAAUUUUAUGAAUAAUAACUGAAUAAUAAAACAUUUUCGGAGUGCUCGGUUGAAGAAUAGAAGAUUUGGGAUUCAAUGAACAAAGAGGAUCUACUUAAAUAAGUUUAGUAAUGGAAUUAGGAUAAACAAUAGAAUGAUUAGAAUAAAUACAAUUACUCUUUAGUAUUCUACAAUUUAAUGCUUAAUCAUUUGAUUUCAUAUGGGGAAGUGCAAAAUGAUAAAAUUACUAAAAAUGAAGAUGUAUAUAAAAUGUUAACUUUGGGAAAUAGCUUUGUUAUCUUAGAUGAUAUGAUUGAUAAUUCAUUCACUAUGAUUAAGAUGAUAAAGUAUGAAAAUAGAAUGAAGUCGUUAUUAAAAGUGAUAAAAGAAAAUUAAUUAACAAAUAAAUGUGAUAAUAAUAUAUAAUUGACAAUUGCAUUAUGUGCUCAAAAGUGUGCUGAUCAAAUCGAUUUUACAAAAGAGUCAUAAUAAAUCUAAUCACACGCAUUUAAAUAUUAAAACAAGUUUUUGAAAGAUUAAAUUGAGGAGUACGUGAAUAAAUCACAAAUCCCUGAAUUAUAGUUGUUGAGUGGAAAGUAUGCAAUCAAGGAUGUAAUAGUGGUGAUUUGUUAUAUUCAACAUAAUUUCAUUGCAUUAAUCAAUAAAUCAAAGCAAGUGCCACUUCAUGAUCAAAUAUCAGAAAUAAGAAACAAACAUUUUGAGUUAACAACAGAGAGCCACCCAGUUCACUAAAAAAUCAAUGAGUUCAAUUCCAAUUACACCAUAAAGGAUUACAAAGUAAACCCCAUGAGAGACAAAUAAUCAGGUGAUGAUGGAUGUUGUACAAUAAUGUGA